AUGAUUCCGUCUUCACUGGGGAAAGACACCAGCAGUAAGUUGAAAUUUUCAGAGUGCCAUGGAUCACAAGAUCUAAGGAAACUGAAAGGGACAGGUGGGAUCACUGGCAAAACGGCGACAAAGCGCGGCACAAAAGUAAAAGAACAACGUUCCAGCGGCAAUGAAUCUGACAAAACAAAUCUACAAAAUAUGAAAAGUGGAGAAGAUACCGCAGACAAAGCGGAAGCAAGUCCGGCCGAAUAUAGGCGCAGCGCUGGGAAAGAAAAUGAAGUGAAAGUUAGUGAAAAAUCUAGUAAAGAUCCAAAAUCUGGCGGACAGCAGGGACAUCUGGGCACAUGGGAGGACAGAGGAAUCAUAGAUGAAGUGAUACUUCAACAUAGAUAUAAUCUCCGAGAUCAGAGUAAGAAUAUGAAGAUGCCCAAUUUACAUUUCAUUUCUGAUAUCUAUACGGUCCCAAAGAUUACCUUGAUACACCCUGAGCAUGACGAUGUGACAGGAGAAAGUAACUAUCAAGUUAGGGAAGUUGAGAUCCAUGAAUUAUUGAAAAGACGCAGCAGCGAUCCUAAUAAGACCAUAAUCAGUGUCGUUUAUGGGGCAGCAGGGACUGGGAAAACAGCCUUAAUACAGAAGAUAAUUCACGACUGGGCUAUGGGAAUGAAAUAUGAAGAGUUCAGAUUUGUCCUUCAUUUCAAAAUUCAGAACUUAAAUGCAAUAAAAGGUAGAAUAACGUUGAGCAGAUUGAUAGCUGAUGCAUAUCCUUACUUGGAAAAUUAUAUGGGCAAGUUGUGGAGAGAACCUAAUCGUUUAUUGUUUAUAUUUGAUGAUUUGAGCCAACUGCAUCGAUCCAUUAUGUUCUCUGAUAAUGAAAGAAGCAACGAUCCUCGACACAGUUGUACCGGAGCAGAGUCUAAUUGUUUAGUAAAUGACAUCCUACGCUGUCUCCUGCAGGGAAAGUUUCUGAGAGGCUGUUCAGUGCUGAUCACAGCCAGGCUUUGGAAGCAGGAGACGCUGCGUCACGUAACUAUUGAUUCAACUUUCCAAGUCAUUGGAUUCACUUCUGAAAAAGUAAGAGAAUAUUUUUACCGUUAUCAGCGCUAUGAUCAGAAUGCAAACGAAACUGUACAAUUGAUUGAGCGGAAUGACAUAUUGCGUAACCUGCGUAGUAACCCUCUAUUCUGCGUCACUCUCGGCUCGUCACUGGAGUCUCACCAACCACAAAGAAAUGAAAAAACAUCAAUGGCCUUUAUAAAUCAUACCCAGGUGUUCCUUGACUUCAUCUCACACCUUCUCGAAGCAUGUGGAUAUGAUGACAACACCACACAGAAAUGUUUACUAGAAAUCGGCGAAUUGGCCUACAAAGGAAUUACACGUGGGACACUUUCGUUUUCGUUUGAAGCUGGUACAGUAGGAGAUCUAAGUACUUGCCCUGACAAUUUUCUCUCGGCAUUUAUGAUCCAGAUUCAAAACAGACAGAGUAGUGAUGUUGUUUACGAAUUCACGCAUUCUGUUGUACGAGAUUUCCUUGCUGCACUUGCGAAAAUCAUAAAUACUCCAAAAUCUCGACUGAUAAAUAUACUGGAUGAAACAUUUAUGGACCCUGAUAGAAGAUUGAAGAUAUUUUCACUUUUUCUUGUUGGCCUGUCUUCGCGGAAGUCAACUCAUCGGCUAAAGUUCCUAUUGGGUUCAGUCCCUGAUGAAGUUACUUCGUGGAUCUCCGACUGUCUCACACAAAGUGUCAAAAGACGACUUACGAACGUGGCCGGGGAUUUUUCAAAACGCACGUUGUUACAUACACUGUACUGCUUACUUGAAUUUGAAGACAAUCAAAUAAUGACGGAAGUGCUGACUCCCAUUACAAUUAAAUUAAAUCAACUCCUUCUCACAUCACCCGACUACGCAGUUCUUUCCAGAACAUUAAUCUAUUCGGAGGAGAUUAAAGAGUUGGAUCUCAGUUCAAGCCUUGCAGAACCAGAGGAAAUUCAAAAAUUGGAACACCUGCUGCACAGAUGUGUAAUUCUCAGAUUGAAUCAGAAUAACUUGCAAGACUCUGGAGUAAAAGGUCUCUUCAAUAUUCUGGAGAAAACAGACUGCAAAGUAGAAACGCUGGAGCUGAAAUCCAACGGCUUUACAGAUGAUUGUCUAUGUGCCCUUUUCUCUAUGCUCAGUAUAAAUCGUUCGCUAACUCUUCUGAACCUGAGCAAUUACAGUCAAGAUGGGGAGCAUGCCAAUCAAUUUACCCAUGAAACACUGCAACAUCAUGUGGAUAAUUACGCUCAGCAGAAAAAUAUCAGAUGGCUACGCUAUGAACAUAUUGGACGGGACACAAAUGUUUUAAUCUUAAUAACAGAAUAA